AUGUCGACACAAACCCAUUUUCUUGCCGUUGUGGCCGCCACACUCUGUUGUCUGAUCCUCUGCGAUGCCGAAGACGCUUUCUGUAAGGUUUUUAUCUAUUUGUCGAUGAAUAUGCCAAUUUUCCGCCAUUCAAUUUGUAUAUAUUGCAGACAGCAUCGGCGACAAAAGAAACUUUGACCGUGAGUUUAUGCAUUUUGGAAAGCGUGCAACAAGUGAAGACUUUGGAAGAUCGUUUAUGCCCUUCGGUAAAAGAGCAACAAAUGAUGACUUUGGAAGAGCAUUUAUGCCCUUUGGCAAACGCGCCGCCAAUGAGGAAUUCGGCCGCGCUUUCAUGCCCUUCGGAAAGCGUGCUGACGCAUACGAUGAGGUAUGUAAACGGUCACACGUUCUUGUCUUUAUCUAUUUUUUCUCUCAAAUUUGAUGAAACCGAUUCACUAAUGUUAUUACAGUCCUUCAACCGCGCCUUCAUGCCGUUCGGAAAGCGUUCUCCAAUGACGCUGGACCAACUCAUUGCUAAAAAGAACAUGAAUCGUGAUUUCAUGCAUUUUGGCAAGCGUGUUGCACCGUCCUCCUUUGACCGAGAGUUCAUGCAUUUCGGGAAGCGGUAUGUUUAACGUUUCCCUCCGCUUCUUUCAAGCAUCCUAUAUUGGCAACUCUUAUGUUUAAUCUUAGCACGCCAUACUGCGCGCGCUGAAAAGUUCGGACAAUUUAUCGCUAACGUCGCGCGCAAAAGUUUAUUGUUUUGCCCGCAAAAAUGCAUGUCGCUAGUGCAGAGACGGCAACUUGACAAACGCAAAAACCAGUGCAGAUCAUAUAUACAUAAUAUGAAGCUUUGAGCGCGAAUGGUAUGCUUCGAUAGAAUCCGACUGUGUAACGCUUUUGCCAAUGAUAUUUUUGCAACAUUCCAUGUUUAUUGUUUUCAGAAGAUAA